CCGACGCCUCAGGGAAAGUUGAUCGAUAAACUUAAUUAACUGCUCCCCGGCUUUGCAACUGCAGCACCCGAAGAAGCAGAAUGAGGGACUGGUGCGAAAACUCGUGAGUAAAGGCCAGGCAUCUCCAACUCUGGGCUUGGCGCCUUUGGGGAGAGAGAGAGAAAAACCCAGAGACUUGCUUUUAUUUCGUUUUAUUUUAGUUCUUUGGCUGGAGGGCAAAACAGGGCGCUUUCUCCUGCGAAGAAGGCUCGGCGAGGGGAAUUGCGGACAUGCCAGUCAAUUAAACCGAGACCUGAGGGCUCCCCCCCCCGCACCCCUCCGAAGCUGCCCGUCGCUUUCCAUCUCUUUGUUUCAUUAUUCCAAGUCUGACAAGUUCCCCUGGUUUAUUUCCAUCGGUUCCGGCGUAUUAUUAUUAUUAUUAUUAUUAUUAUUAUUAUUAUUAUUAUUAUUAUUAUUUUGGGCUCGGCAUUCCCAAUUUGAGGCUCGCUCCCGUUUGGACCAAUGAAGGAACCGGAUGCGAUCAAACUUUUCAUUGGACAAAUCCCUCGGAAUUUAGACGAAAAGGACCUGAAGCCGAUAUUCGAACAGUUUGGCAAAAUCUACGAAUUAACGGUCAUUAAAGAUAAAUACACCGGCAUGCACAAAGGAUGUGCCUUCCUGACUUACUGCGCCCGUGAGUCAGCCCUCAAGGCCCAAAGCGCGCUGCACGAGCAGAAGACGCUGCCAGGGAUGAACCGACCAAUCCAGGUGAAACCAGCGGACAGCGAAAGUAGAGGAGAAGACAGGAAGCUGUUUGUAGGGAUGCUGGGCAAGCAGCAAACGGAUGAAGACGUUCGGAAAAUGUUUGAGCCUUUUGGGAACAUCGAUGAAUGCACGGUACUCCGAGGUCCUGAUGGCACAAGUAAAGGCUGUGCCUUUGUGAAAUUCCAGAUGCACGCUGAAGCCCAGGCAGCAAUCAAUACGUUGCACGGGAGCCGCACGCUGCCGGGAGCCUCUUCCAGCCUCGUGGUGAAGUUCGCGGACACGGAGAAGGAGCGGGGCCUCAGGCGGAUGCAGCAGGUGGCCAACCAACUGGGCAUGUUCAGCCCCAUCGCGCUGCAGUUCGGAGCGUACAGCGCCUACACUCAGGCACUAAUGCACCAGCAGGCUGCCCUCGUCGCCGCCCACUCCGCCUACCUCAACCCCAUGGCUGCCGUGCAGAUGCAGCAGAUGGCCGCCCUGGCCCCCAGCGGCCUCAUCGCCACCCCCAUCACCCCCUCCUCAGGAAGCAGCACGCCGCCCGCCAUCGCCGCCACCCCGGUCCCCGCCAUCCCCGCCACCCUCAGCGUCAACGGCUACGGCCCGGUCCCCACGCAGAGCACGGGGCAGCCGGCCUCCGAGGGCAUUUACACCAACGGCGUCCACCCCUUUCCAGCACAGAGCUCAGCGGCCCCCGUGGACCCCUUGCAACAGGCCUACGCUGGGAUGCAACAUUACACGGCUGCCUACCCCGCUGCCUACGGACUGGUCAGCACAGCCUUUCCCCAGCAGCCCACCACCAUUAUAACCCAGCAGGCGCCCCCCCAGCAGAGAGAAGGUCCCGAAGGCUGCAACAUCUUCAUCUACCACUUGCCGCAGGAAUUCACAGACUCCGAGAUCCUGCAGAUGUUCCUCCCCUUCGGGAACGUCAUUUCGGCCAAAGUCUUUGUUGACCGAGCGACCAAUCAGAGUAAAUGCUUUGGAUUUGUAAGCUUUGACAAUCCUGCCAGUGCCCAAGCUGCCAUCCAGGCCAUGAACGGCUUCCAGAUCGGGAUGAAGCGACUGAAGGUCCAGCUGAAACGUCCGAAAGACGCCAACCGGCCGUACUGAACCACUGCCCGCCAGGUGGGUGCUUUGCCAGCCGGGCUGCUGGCAGAAAGCGAGGAACUGAGUCGCACGCUUCUUCCGGCGGCAGGAUACAGCCCCUUUCUUAGUCUGGCUCGUUUCUCAAAACCCACCGCUUGGUGGAUUUUUAAGGGCCUGAAA